AUGAACAGCUCCUCCGUGGCAGGUGGCCGGUGCCAGCUGAAUGACCCCGUGCAGUUCAUCCUGGUCCCAGUUGUCUACUGCCUGGUCUUGUGUGUGGGGUUGCCAGGCAACCUGGUGGCGCUGCUCGUCUUCGUCCAGAGUGGGCGGGUGAGGAAGGCUAUCCGGAUCUACCUCAUCAACCUCACCCUGGCAGACAUCUUCUUCAACCUCACCCUGCCGUUCUGGAUCCCUUACUACAUGGCGGAGGGCCACUGGGAGCUGCCGGAACCCGUCUGCCGCCUGGCUGGGGCUGCCUAUUACUUGGCCACCUACAGCGCCAUCGCGUUCAUGACGCUGAUCAGCCUCAACCGCUACUGCACCGUUGCCAAGGUGGAGCUGGCUCUGAACAGGCCCCAGGGAGCCUUCGCGGCCUGCACAGUGGCCUGGGGGUCGUGCUUCGCCUGUGCCGUCCCCUCCCUGGUUACGCAGCAGACGCACCAGGCCGAAUCCGUCAACCUGAAGUGCUUUGAGCAAUACUCCGGGAGGAGGAGCUAUGCCUACGCCAUGGUGCUUCUGUUUGCUGCCUCCUUCCUGGUCGUGCUGGGGGCCUACCUGUCCAUCAUGAGGUCUCUCUCUGCUGCAGCCAGUGUCUGCCAAGGUGGGCACCGCCGGCGGGCCCGCGCCCUGGUCCUGGGCAUGCUGCUGGUGUUUGCGGUCUGCGUGGCCCCCUAUCACCUCUUCCUGGUGCCCUGGGUGGCUGACCAGAUGUCUGGCUCGGGGUGCAGCCCUCCGUCGUUCCUGGACAACCUGCACAUGCUCAGUGUGGCCCUUCUGAGCCUCAACAGUUGCAUCGACCCACUGAUCUACUGCUUCUCGCUCAAGCACUUCCGGACUGAUCUGUGGGCAAUGGUGCGGAGGGCUGCCUGGUGCCACCCUCUCCCCCUGCCUUCUGUGCCCCCUCCACUGCCCCCGUUGGAAAACAGGUUUCCACCCAACAUGAGGUCCUCUUCCUUAACCUCCUCAUAG